AUGUGUCUUUCUUCUUCUUUUUCUUCUUCUUCUUCUUCUUCUUCUUCUUCUUCUUCUUCUUCUUCUUCUUCUUCUUCUUCUUCUUCUUCUUCACAAGUACGAUUUUACAAAACAAGCCAUAGCGCAUGAUUGACAAAACAGAUAACACACUUUUGGUGAAGGCGGGCAUGGGCAUGGGUCCGCAGGAGGCUGCCUCCUAGCUGGGCUCUCUUGUCCCCGGCGGGGGCCAAGCUGCCCCUCCCCCGCUCCCGGCUCGGAUUUCAGCCUUCCGAGUUGAGCAAACUUGCUGCAGGCGGAUUGGCAGCGAGCAGCUCCCGGGCUCCGUGUCGUCCCCGCGCCCGCCGCUCCUUUGUGUCCAGCGGCCGCCGCCUGGGCGCGGGGGGCCUCGGCGGGCAGCCAGCUUCCUCGCGCGCCGGACUCUAAGGGCGACACGUGCGGGCCCCGGGUCCCGGAGGAGCAGAGGCGGAGCCGGGGCGGAGGCGCGGCGGCCAGGAGCAGUGACCAGGGAUCCGCAGCGCUGCCCGCGCCCGGCGGCAGUUCAUUCCGGGCCCGCUCUGUUCUGCAGUGGCAGCGCCGCGGUACAGGCGCGCGAGGGCCACGGCUGGGGGAUGAGCUGACUGCAGUGAAAGCGUCGCUCCGGCCCCCUCCAGGCCUCCGGCCGCAGUCUCCCGGCCGCCUUGCCAGCCGCAAUCAUGUCUAUCCACAUCGUGGCGCUGGGGAACGAGGGCGACACUUUCCACCAGGACAACCGGCCGUCGGGGCUCAUCCGCACGUACCUGGGGAGAAGCCCGCUGGUGUCGGGGGACGAGAGUAGCUUGUUGCUGAACGCCGCCAGCACAGUUGCGCGCCCGGUCUUCACCGAGUACCAGGCCAGUGCGUUCGGGAACGUCAAGCUGGUAGUGCACGACUGUCCCGUCUGGGACAUUUUUGACAGUGAUUGGUACACCUCCCGAAAUCUAAUUGGGGGUGCCGACAUCAUUGUGAUCAAAUACAAUGUCAAUGACAAGUUUUCAUUCCAUGAAGUAAAGGAUAAUUAUAUUCCCGUGAUUAAAAGAGCAUCGAACUCAGUUCCAGUCAUCAUUGCGGCUGUUGGUACGAGACAAAAUGAAGAAUUACCUUGUACAUGCCCACUGUGUACUUCAGACCGAGGGAGCUGUGUUACCACCACAGAAGGGAUCCAACUUGCCAAAGAACUGGGAGCUACCUAUCUGGAACUCCACAGCCUUGAUGAUUUCUACAUCGGAAAGUACUUUGGAGGAGUGUUGGAGUAUUUUAUGAUUCAAGCCUUAAAUCAGAAGGCAAGUGAAAAAAUGAAGAAAAGGAAGAUGACGGGCUCCUUCCAUGGAAUUCGACCUCCUCAGCUGGAACAGCCAGAAAAGAUGCCUGUCUUGAAAGCUGAAGCAUCACACUAUCACUCCGACUUGAAUAACUUGCUGCUCUGCUGCCAGUGUGUUGAUGUGGUCUUUUACCACCCGGAAGUGAUGGGUGUCGUGGAAGCCCACAAGAUCGUUCUCUGCUCUGUAAGCCAUGUUUUCAUGCUGCUUUUCAAUGUGAAGAGCCCUAACGACAUUCAGGAUUCCAGUAUCAUCCGAACCACCCAGGAUCUCUUUGCCAUAAACAGAGAUGCUGUGCUUCCAGGUGCUAGCCAAGAAUCCUCCAGCAACCCGCCAUUGCGCGUCAUUGUUAAGGAUGCCCUCUUCUGCUCGUGUUUGUCAGACAUUCUGCGCUUCAUUUAUUCAGGUGCUUUUCAGUGGGAAGAACUUGAAGAAGAUGUCAGGAGGAAGUUGAAAGAUUCAGGGGAUGUUUCUGAUAUAAUCGAGAAAGUUAAAUGCAUUUUAAAAACACCAGGAAAGAUUAAUUGCCUGAGGAAUUGCAAGACAUACCAAGCCAGGAAGCCUCUGUGGUUUUAUAAUACAUCUCUCAAGUUUUUCCUUAACAAACCAAUGCUUGCCGAUGUUGUCUUUGAAAUACAAGGUCUCCUUGGUUGAUAUUCUGGAUGUUCAUAAAGCCUCAAUUUUUUUCACUGAACUCCGGGCCCACAGAAGCAAGAAGAGGACAUCAGACCCCAUGGGACUGAAGUUACAGCCAUUUGUGGAUACUGGAAAUCAAAACUCUGGGAUAGUAGCCCUCAGCCAUCUCUCAGCCUCUCAUUCGUGCCUUGCACUUGUGCUGACUGGUAGCAUCGCUCCCAUAUUUACAGUUAGCACAGCAGGCUUUUGCACAAAGCAUUAUGUCAGAAUAACCUGCUGACAAGAUUUUUGAAGAAAAUAUGCAACACAUGGAAAGUAGAGAUUCUUUCCCUUUUAAUCUCUUGCUUCUCCUCUGCUGUCACUUCCUGGCCCUUUCUGCCUGCCCCUGCCCACUCCUCUCCAUGUGCAAGGACUCUAUGCUUCCCAGUAUCUGCACAUAACUUCAGGCAUUGGUCCUAUGGCUAGCCACUCACCUUUGUAAAAGUUACAUUAUUUAUUUAUUUGGGGUGUAUGGUGUGUGCCCCAACAGUCAGGUGGAGGUCAGAAGACAACUUGUGGGAAUUGGCUUUCUGUUUCUACUACAUGUUCUCCAGGGAUCAAACUUAGGUUAUAUGGUUGCUGAUAAACCCUUUACCCACUGGGCCAUCUCAUAAGCCUCACCUUGAUGUUUGUUUGUUUUGUUCUGAAUUUCACUUGUUUGUUAUAGUGUAACCAACCACUCUUUGAGUUUAUAAUAUAAUUACGUUUCUUUUUUCCUCCCUCAAAACCUUCUCAUAUAUUCCUCUGUGUUCUCCAAAUUUAUGGCCUCUUUAUUUCACUAAUUGUUAUUGAAUGCAUAUAUGUACAUGCAUAUAUAUCCCUAACUAUAAACUGCUCAGUCUGUGUAACAUUCAAGGCUAAUUACUGGCACUGAACAACAGAUUUGUGUGCUCUUUCUAGGGAAGCCCACCUCUCCCACUCCCAGCUUUCCUCAGCUGUCUGUGCUUCUUUGUGUAGGGUUGAGGCCUCGUGGGCUUUUCUCAUCCACUUUGGCAUGUUUAUUGAUUAGCUCAAGUUUGGGCAGUUGUGUUGGUGAGACUUUAUUUGUAGCUUCUGCCCUUACUAGGAGACACAGUCUCACAGCCAAUUCUUCCAAACACUCUGCCUCCUCUUCUACAAUAUUCUCUGGGCCUUAGAUGCAGGAAUGUUCUGUAGAUGUAUCAGUUGGGACUGGGCUCCACAACUCUGCAUUUUGAUUGGUCUCCAUUUGUUGGAGAAGUUUCGUUGAGGAAGGGUGAAAACUGCAGAUAUUUACAGAUUGUUGUUAGGUAUUAUGCUGCUCAUUGAUGUACUUCCCCGGUGCCAUAGCUGCUUGAGACAGUUGGAGGCUUCCCUCCUUUGCAGGCUUGCUUGAUACAAUAGACUAUGUUUUGGGAGUCUCUUGAAUAGCCCUGGCCAAUAACUCAAAAGAGGAAUUCUUUUGUCUGAUACUGGAAAUUUUUUAGGUUAUCUUUGGCUCUUGAAGGUAAUACCAUCAGCUCAGAUGAAAAAAGUUCAUUAAGACUAUAUAUGUAUACUUAUACACAUAAUUACAUGAUUAUGUCAUUUGUACCCAGUAAUUCCCCUAUCUGGACAAUGGUCCUGUUUUCCUUUUCUGAUUGUUGUCUUUAGUAUGGGCUAUGAAUUCAUACCUGGAUAUUUGGAGCUAGGAGCCUCCAAUGAGAAAGAACAUAUAAUGUUUGUCUUUCUGAGUCUGGAAAGACUCGGUAUGCUCUUUUCUGGUUCCAUUCAUUGACCUGCAAAGUUCAUGGCUUCAUUUUUCUCUAUAGCUGAUUCCACAGUGUGCAGGUAGCACAUUUUCAUUAUCCCUCUAUCAGUUGUAGGACAUUUACAUUGUCUCCAUUUUCUAGACCUUGCUUUUUGAGACAAGGAUUGUUCACGGGGAACUGUGACUUGUUGGUUAGGGUAGGCUCAUAGCAAAUUAUCUGUAGUUCCUGCUGCUGCUGCCUCCCUUCCCUGGUGGGACAGCAGCCUGUGCUACUGGCAACUUGUUUUAUGCAAGUUGUAAGCAUUAUGCUCAGUUCUUAAGCUGUCAUAGGAAGUGCUUUAUAGACUGAAGCCCUUCCUCAGCUUUAUCUCGUGGUCUAGUGAUUUGUUUGUUUUGAUGUUACUUUGUUUUAAUGGAAAUGGCUGUGCGCAGUGUGACUAUGUAUUUGACUUGUGAUUAAUCAUUAAUUUAAAUGUUUCAUACCAAAAGCAGGAAGGGCAAACAGUCUUACAUUUAAACUAUUUAUACUCAAACUAAGACAAACCCUUAGAGUAUUAGUUGGAUAAUAACUCUCCCUAAACCUUAAUUACAAAGCCUUUUAUAAGUUGUAGUGAAAUCUUAACCAAACACGCAUCUUUCACUGUACAUUUUACCUGAAAUAUUUACAAUUCAAAGAAUAUUGUGAAAACGUCAUGUUUGUAAGCUGAUUGACAUCCAGAUGUUAUUUCAGUAUCUUUAACAAGAUUAAAGACGUAAUAUUGGAAAGAUAAUGUAAAAAUGAAAUUAGUAUUUAUUUAAGCAUAUUUCUCCAUGUGGCAGUAGUAAUACAUUUUUGGCUUCUUCACUCCAGUUGUGGUUGUGGACGUCACACAACCUCUUGAAGUUUUCUGAUCCUAAGUGAGGAACAGCUGGGUCCAGGGCAGAUACGUUGCUACCCUUGGCUGAGUAGAUAGUGACAGACUGAAAAGUCCUAGCUGGGAUUUGUGCCAAGAUGAAUGUUUAUAUAGACUUGGUUGUGUUUCUUUCUGUUUCUGGCCCUUUACUGUUGAUCAGAACUGCUAGGAGAGAAGAUGCUUGUAGAGUUUGAUGAGUGAAAGUUUUAACAGACAUUGUCUAUUCAAAAUGUGAAACACUGUAAUCUUCUCGCCUAUAAAUGGGGACUCAAGUUUCCACUUAAGGAGCGGCCACAGGGGUUUCAAUAAUGCACACAGGGACUAGCAGAUACUGAAGUGUGAACUCCAUUCCUCUCUCCUGCUGUGACAGUUGAAACUGAACUGAGGAUAUGGAGCAACUGCUACUGGGGCUGGAAUGAACAUGGGAUAUAAAACCAAGACAUGGAGUAUUACCAGUGUAGUAGGAAGUCAUGUAUAGAGAUAAACUUAUUCAAAAAUUUCAGUUAGAAAACAUGCAAAUGAGGCAUAGAUAGGGCUCCUCCACAUUUGACUCCAUGUUAAAUAAAACACUGUUUAACAAAACCUCAUUCCUUUCCUACUUACUUAACACAGUCCAUGUUUUAAAUUUUUCUUGAGGUGAACAAGUGUCUAUUUUUCCCAAGCAGCAUUCCUAAAUUUUACUGUUCAAAUCUGAUAUAAUAAAAAGGCACAGCAGAUGCAUUUUACUUCAAUACACAAUCAAAGAUAUCUUUAAUGACCUAUGUCUAAUGAAGAGCAAGUGGCUUUGUAAUCAUUUCAGGUUUGUUCUUAGAAAAGUUUUCUGAAAUUAUUACAUGGAAUGGAUAUGACAGGAAAAGAUACUCAGCCUUGGCAUGUUCAAAGACCAGAUUUAUCUUUUAACAAAAAUUAUAUCUUCUAUAUACCCUUAUAUAAUCACUUGCAAUCAGUUGCCAGCUGUUAUAUAAACACUAUAUUCUGUUAGUGUUUACAUAAAUAUACUGUUUAAAACAGGUAACUAUGGGCUGGAGAGAUGACUCAGUGUCAAUAGCUGUUCUUUAAGAGGACGUUGGUUGGUUCCCAGAACCUAUGAUGACUACCUAUAACUCUACCUUCAUGGGAUCUGAAGGUGUCUUCUGGCCUCCACAGGUGCACACACACACAGAUCACACACUAAAACAACAAAACAACAGAAAACAAGUAACUGUAGUUAGGUAUUACAUGACAUUUUCACAACAUAAGUUUUACAACACCAAAAUAGUUAUUUAAAGGGUGUGAAAUAAAAUUUCAUAUUCCCUUCACUAAAAGUAUAAUGGUUUUCAAAACUAAAUUUUAAUCUUUAAAUGGCUCUCAUAUCAGCCAGGCAUGUCUUUAUAUUUGGCAUCUACACCAUGCUUGUAAUCUCAGUGUUUGAGAGCAAAGACAGGCAGAUUCUGCUGGCUUGCUGUGCAGGCAGUCUAGCCAAAACAUGGUAACAGGUUCAUUGAGAGAGCCUGUUUAAAGAAAAAAAAAAAGUAGAAAAGAAAUUGAAUCCUGAUGUAAACCUCUGGCACACACAUCUUGUAGCAUUAUGAACAGAAAGCUCUGUUACAAUUUCCCCUGCUUAUGAAAUCCACCCCUGUCUACUAUCCACUAGAUAGUUUUAGUCAGUGUUAAUUCAUCUGCUUAAUUCAAGUGAUAAACCAUCCAGUUUGUUUAAGCUAUGCUCCUAUUUUUCAAUUGAUGCUCUAUCUUGAAAUAGUUUAAACCCUAAAUUUGUAAGUCAAAUUGCAUUGCCAAUUUGACUUGCUUGUUAAUUGGUCUCACAGAUAUAUCCAGCAUGCUUCAAUUGUGGAAACGGGCCCUUCUGGUAAAUGAUGCUGCCACUCUGUGGCUGGGAAGGCUGUGGUGAUGAAGGGAAGAUGCAGUGCACAGAUGGUGUUUGCUGUUAGGAGUAGGAGGCUCUCAGGCUGUCUCCUUGCUCCUGGGAGUGUGGCUAUGCAAAUCACAGUGACAACUGUCUGUUCAGAUGGCAGCAUCAGUGGUUGAUUAAUGAUCCUUAGGAUAUAUUGGCUUUGGGAAAUCUCUUUAGAUGGACCUCUUUUCUUCCUAGGACAAGAAAUAUUUUGCUUGGACUUAGAAAGGUUGGAGAACCAAUAAAUUGUGAAUAUUUUAAAAGAAUAUAUAUGUAUGAUAAAUGUGAAAUCACUUGCAAUUAUUGGGCAGAAUAUUGUGGUUUGGUUCAUUGCAUUUCUUUCUGGAAGGGGACAGCUUUGUGGUUCCCAUUGUCCUGGUAUUCUCCAUAACUUGAAUUCCCACUCUACCUUCCUCAUCUUGGUAUCUUCCAUUGUAGUGCUAAGAAUGUAUUAGUGAACCCCCAAAACUGGACAGGCGAAUCACAACAGAGUCUUUAUUCAAGCUAGCCCUUCAGACCACCAUUGACUCAUAGCAGGAUGCCCUACCCCAAAUAUCUUAUCGGGGUGAAGCUUUACAGAAAGCUACAAGUGGGGGUGGGUUGAGUGUGUCUAGCCUAGCAGGCAUCUAAUUGGAGACCUCCUGUGACCUUUAACAUAACUGGCUGCUGCUGGGAGUUAAACCAUAAACUUAACUUCUGCUCCCCCCUGCAUGAGGCAGGGGUGGGUUUGUUGGCAAUUAACUUGGAAAUACCGGAUUUAUUGUGGUUAGCCUAGAAACUGGAGUUAGGCUAGGGUUUUAUUGUGGGAUAACUAGGAAACUAAUGUUAGGUACUGGCCUGUUAGUUUACCUGAGUUCAAGUUCUCUAAAAUGGAGUCUGAACUUAAAAGAUUUGGUCUCUCACCAUUUCCAUCACCAUCACCAUGAUAAUGGGUGUCCAGUGAUAAUUUGUGGGACAGAAGGCCGUUAUAUGGAUUUGUGGUCUCCUUACAUGGUAGACAUUAUGACAACAGGAGCCUCACAAGUUCCAUGUCAUCUCAUCUGGUGCAGUCAUUGUAAAGUAAAACAGUAUCUGAAAAACUCAGGAGUUUCCCUAGAGAGUCGAGGUGGAGUUCAGGGUCUCCUCAUUUUACAGAAAAGGCAUUGCUUGUGUGCAGCAGUGGGAGAAUGAUGUGGCCAUGAUCAUCAACUCUGCAAUGUUCCAGAAGUCAAGACUGAGUACUUUGGCUUGGCUCUGGGGAGCCUCUUUGCCAUUCCUCCUGUGAGGUGGGCUCUCUGCUUUGUGAAGCCUGACCAAGACAGUUCCGUGAGGUUGGUCACAAGGUUAUGAUUAAGCUCUUUACCUGGGCAAAGUUGGCAGUAUUCCAAGUCAAUCAGCAUGGAUAGAUGCUGUUCUAAAAACACAAGGAAAAAAUUGUCAUUUCAGUUCCUUGAUCUUAAGGAGAUCCAAACUAAUACCUAUUUGUCUGGUUUGCAGAUUGUUAGGUUCUAAGGCAAGUUUUAAACUCUUUCUGUUUCUCAGCUGCUAUAAGAAGCCUCUGGAGCAAUGCCAGUUAUCUCCCUAAUGUGGCUUCUGCAUAGCAGCCUGGCCCAUCAUGGUCAGUGGCACUCCAGUUAAAACACACUGGGAACCCCACGGCAUUACAGUUCUUGAUUUGUUUACCUCUCUCACC